UUCAAAGUUCAAGUCCAAGGAUCUCCACGGACAAGGGAUGGGAGGAAAUCCCAAAUCUGAUCCCGGGACCAUCCCAAGUCUCCAGGAUACAAAGGCCAGAAUUCCUUAAACACAAAAGAUAAAAGGAAAAGGGGGGAAAAAGGGGGGAAUCCUUGGAAAAAGAGAGUUCAGGCUAAGUGAGUUCCUGCCCCUGCAGGGAUUUUCAGGGAUUGGGAUGAAGGGAAAAUCGUGCAUGGAAUGCUUGAGGGGCACUCAGAAAGGGUAAAAAAAAUCAGAAUUCGGGGGUUUGGGUUGAAAGACAUCCCAGGAUGGGCCAGGCCAAGAAUACAAAGGUUUUUGGGCUGAGGAAAAGGAGGCUCAGGACGUUAUUUAGGUUGGAAAUGGUAAAAUGAUGGAAUUUUCAGAGCAGGAAGGGUGAUCAGAAUGGUGGGAAAACCCCAAAAAUCCUCAGGAAUUGUGGCUGAUUUGGGAUUGGAGUGUUUGGAGUGGAACGUUGUGCCAGGGAAUCCAUCCCAAAACUCUCCAGGAGUGCAAGGAGUGGGGGGAUAAAAGACCCCUAAAAAAGAAAUAUUCCCAAUAUUUAGGAUCUUUUCACUCAUUCCCAGCAGGUGUAAUCCCAUAAAUAAAUAUUCCAAAUAUUUCAGGAUAAUUCCUCUUCCCUCUUUUCAUACAGGUGCAAUCCCAAACAGAAACAUCCUCAGUAUUUCAGGAUAAUUCCCCUUCACUCAUUCCCCGCAGACACAAUCCCAUAAAUAAAUAUUCCCGAUAUUCCAGGAUCUUUUCCCUGUUUUCCGCCUGAUUCCCACCACUCCUCCUGCUGCGCACAAACCCACAAGUGGGGAAGGAACAUUUUUCCUCCUUCCCAAGGUGCCGAGGGGUUAAAUCCCUUUUCCAGAGGAGUCUCGGGCCAGGACAGCCGGUGGCGCUGGCGGAGCGGGAUCCGGGAAUUUCGGGAUAAUGGGAUUUACGGAGCGCUGCCGGCUCAUCCCUGCGGAGCGAUCCAUCGGGAACGCGCCCACAGCGCGAUGCCAGCCGGGCACAGGAGGCUGCAGGGGAAAAAAACCCAAAAUCCUCGUUCCAAAGCGUUGGGGAAUGGUUCAAAAAUAAACCCCAAAAAUCCAAGAUAUCACCCGCGCGCAAACCCGCCCGCCCGGCCGCGCCGAGAUCCGUGAACCGCAAAGUUUACCGGAGCGUGCGGGCGGCGCCGCCAUGAUUGUACCGGGGGGGGGGACGGGGACACGGGGACAAACUGGGGGGGACUGGGACAAACUGGAGGGGAUGGCGACGAACCGGGGGGAACGGGGACAAGCGGGGGGACGGGGAUAAACGGGGGGGACGGGGAUAAACGGGGGUACGGAGAUAAACGGGGGGGGAACCUGCGUGGCUCGGGGCCACAUCCGCCACCCCCCGCUGUCCCCGCGCUGUCCCCGCGCUGUCCCCCGGUCCCUUCAUCAGCGCCUCGCCCCGCCCGCUUGCGGCUUCUCGCUGUCCCCGCUGUCCCCCCCGGCGGUCCCCCGGGAGAGGCGGGGAGGGGGCAGCACGGAGGAGGAGGAGGAGGAGGAGGAGGAGGAGGAGGAGCGCGCAGAGGGAGGCGGGGGGGCAGGAAACCCUCCUGGAAGUAUGAAGGAGAUGGUGGGAGGCUGCUGUGUGUGUUCCGACGAGCGCGGCUGGGCGGAGAACCCGCUCGUCUACUGCGACGGCCACGGCUGCAAUGUGGCCGUGCACCAAGCUUGUUAUGGAAUUGUGCAGGUUCCCACGGGCCCCUGGUUCUGCCGGAAAUGUGAAUCCCAGGAAAGAGCCGCCCGGGUGAGGUGCGAGCUGUGUCCCCACAAGGACGGGGCCCUGAAGCGCACGGACAACGGGGGCUGGGCCCACGUGGUGUGUGCCCUGUACAUCCCCGAGGUGCAGUUUGCCAACGUGCUCACCAUGGAGCCCAUCGUGCUCCAGUACGUCCCCCACGACCGCUUCAACAAGACCUGCUACAUCUGCGAGGAGCAGGGGCGGGAGAGCAAGGCGGCCUCGGGGGCCUGCAUGGCCUGCAACCGGCACGGCUGCCGCCAGGCCUUCCACGUCACCUGUGCACAGAUGGCCGGACUCCUGUGCGAGGAGGAGGUGCUGGAGGUCGACAACGUCAAAUACUGUGGCUACUGCAAAUACCACUUUAACAAAAUGAAGACCUCGCGCCAUUCCGGGGGCAGCUCCUUCCUCCCGGGCCGGCGCAGCCGCUCGGCGUCCCCGGCCCAGGAGAAACACCUGUCCCACCACGAGCGGCCAAAAAAGGUUCCUGUUCUUUCCCAGAGCCGCAAGGACAAGGAGAGGCCGAAGCAGAAGCACAAAAAGCGGCCGGAGUCCCCCAGCAGCCUCCCCCCAGCACCCGUGGCCGUGGCUGCCGAGAAGGGCUCCGGUGGCCACCACGAGGCCACCAAGGAGAGCUCGGAGGUGGCCAGGGCAGAGGCCAAGGGCAGGAAAUCCUCGAGCCACGGCAGCAGCCACAAGGGGAAGAAGACGGGAAGCGGGAAAAGCUCCGGAGGCUUUGGAUCAGCCCCACCUGGAGGAACCUUCCAGACGGCCGGCUCCUCCUGCGGCCUGCCCGGCUCCCAGGACUUCACGCCCUUCCCCAAGCUGGAGCAGGAGGAGGAGAAGUUCCGCAAGGCCGCCAGCUCCAGCUCCUCCUCGCACUGCUCGCCGCUCUCCGAGGGCCCCAAGGCCGACGUCUUCGAGCAGAAGGUCAUCUUCUCCGGCUUCGGCUCCAUCAUGCGCUUCUCCACCUCGGCCGUGGGCCAGCCGCGAGCCCGGGACGCCUCCCCCGUGGACUACAAAGCCUCCAGCACCCUUGGUGGCCCUUCGGGUGGCACGGGUGGCACCGCUGGCGCCGCCGGGAGCGGCCACAAGCGGAUGCCGUCGCUGGGCGCCGAGGAGGGAGAGGUGCUCAAGGAGAAGAAGCACAAGGGCAGCAAGAAGAACAAGCACGGCCCCGGCAGGCCCAAGGCGGGCAAAGGCAAAGAGGUUUUGGGGGCCCAGCUGGCUGGGUCCACCUCCACCUCCUCCUCUCCCUUCUCCGGGGGAUCCCUCGUCAGCUCCAGCAUUGGGAAUUCUUCCCGGAGCUUCAGCCACCCCGGGAGUCUGCCCAGCCUCAGCAUGGAGUCGCCGCUGCUGGGCUCAGGGAUCUACACGAGCAACAAGGACCCGAUCCCGCUGGGCGCGGCGCUGCGGGCGGUGUGCAGCACGCCGCUGCCCUCGGGGCUGCUCCCGCACCAGGGCGGCGCCGCCCUGCCCCAGCUCAGCCGCUCACCCUUCGCCAGCUCCAUCCCCGCCUCCUCCUCCUCCGCCGGCUCCACCACGCAGGUGUUUUCCCUGGCGGGUUCCACUUUCAGCCUCCCUUCCUCGCACAUUUUCGGGAGCCCGCUGACGUCCGGGCUGUCGCUGAACCCCCUCCUGAGCCAGCCGGAGAGCAGCCGGGCAGAGCCCGACCUGGAGGAUUGCGGCUUCGGCUGCCGAGGGACGUCCCCGCAGGAGAGCCUGUCCUCCAUGUCCCCCAUCAGCAGCCUGCCGACCCUCUUCGACCAGACCGUGUCGUGCAGCAGCAGCGGGCAGCUGGACAGUGUCCCGCAGGCCACCCCCAACAUCGAGCAGCUCCUGGAGAAGCAGGGCAACGGCGAGGCCGGGGUGAACAUUGUGGAGAUGCUGAAGGCGCUGCACUCGCUGCAGAAGGAGAACCAGCGGCUGCAGGAGCAGAUCAUGACACUGACGGCCAAGAAGGAGCGGCUGCAGCUGCUCAAUGUCCAGCUGUCCGUCCCCUUCCCCGUGGUCACCAGCAGCAAUGGCCCGGGCAGCCAGGCCCAGUACAUCCUGCCUGCCAACGUCUGCACCAGUGACUCCCUGAGCAUCAGCAAGAGCCCCCCGUGCAAGAACAGCUUUGGCAUUGAGAACUCGCUCUCCACAUCCUCCGAGGACCCUCACUCAGGCUGUCCCAGCAGGAGCAGCUCCUCCCUGUCCUUCCACAGCACCCCCCCGCCCCUGCCCAUGCUGCAGCCCAGCCCCGCCUCGCUGCCCCUGCCCGGGGCGCAGCAGGUGAACGGCCUGGCCCGGGCGGCGGGCGGGGGGCUGGUCGGAGCCUCGGGGGCCAGCCACGGCCUCUCGGCGGUGCCCAUGGUGGACGGCCUGCUGGGCAGCCUGGCCGGAGCCCAGCAGAUGCCCCUCAACGGGAUCCUGGGGAGCCUGAACGGAGCGCAGCCCGCCCCGCCUCCGAGCGCGGCCCCGGCCCUGCAGCUCUCCACCAGCCUGAGCAGCGUGGCCAGCCUGAGUCCCCUGACGGAGCAGCAGCGGCACGUCCUGCAGCAGCACGAGCAGCAGCUGCAGCAGCUGCAGCAGCUCCUGACUUCCCAGCCGCUUAACCCAGAGCAGCAGGCGCUGGUGUUCCAGAUGAUGCAGCAGAUCCAGCAGAAGCGGGAGCUGCAGCGGCUGCAGAUGUCGGGCUCGUCCCAGCUGUCCCUGCUGGCCGCCACCUCGGCCCCGCUGCACCCCAGCCCCGGCGCGCUGCUGACCUCGGCCGCGCCCAGCGGUGGCUCCCUGCUGGCCUCGCUGUCCCCGCAGCAGCUGAACCCCGGCGGGGCCCUGCUGGCCCCCCAGGCCACCCCCCCGCUGGGCUCGGGGCCGGCCAUGGCCCCCAACCCCUUCCUGAGCCUGCAGCCCGACGGCAGCACCCCAAAAGGAACGCCCCUGGGUGACAAGGGCGCUCCCCUGGCACAGGACAAGGGCUAGGAGCCCCCCGGCCCGAGCCCGCAGCCAAUCCUCUCCCGGGGACCGGCGGAGCCCGGCGCUCCAGAGGAGCCGUCACCGCCCUGGUGCCACCAGGAGCAAAGGUGGUGUCACCUGUCCCCUGCUCCACCUGCCGCAGGGAACUCGGUGGAUCCUGCUGGGAGCGUGGGGAGCACCAGACGCCCCCCAGAGCCUCGGGGAAGGACAUGGUGGCACCUGGAGGUGCCCGAGGAUGUGACCGAGGAUGUGGCACUGCUGGAGAAAGAACAUGUGGUGGCACCUGGCAGUGUCCCAAGAGCCAGCACUGGAUGUGGCACUGCUGGGCAAGGAUGUGAUGUCACCUGGCGGUGUCCAAGGAUGUGGCCCUGGAUGUGGCACUGCCAGGGGAGGACGUGGUGGCUGUGCCCAGGUGGGGAUAUCCAGAAGAAUUCCCAAGCUGAGGUUUCCCUGCUUUUCCCACUGGGCUUUGCUCCAGCUGGAGGCUGAUCCAGCCUGGAAGGACAGAUGGAUGAGGUGGACAGGAGGUGGCACCACCUGGGAGGACGUUGUCACCUGUGCCAGCUGACGGAGGGGCUGGACUGUGCUUCCCUCCCGGAAUUCCCAAAGGCCAGUGUCUCAGCUGGGGCCGCAGCCAGGAUUGUCCAAGGUCAGGAGCUCCUGGACCUGAGAGAGAAUUCCUGGACCAGAGUUCGGAGAUGAAAAUCUUUGUGGGGAGGAGAAUUCCAAUUCCGGUCCCUGCGUUUUCGUGCCCACCACAAAUCAUUCCCACAAAACCACAUUCUUCCACUGGUCUUGGGAAGAGGGAUCUCCAAGGAGUGGGACAGUGACCACAGUCCUGAGCCUGGGAUAGCAGAACUUCCAUUGUUCUCCACCUUUUGACCUUGAUUCCAUCUCCAGCCUGGAAUAUCCACUAGGAAUUGGCUUCCUCUGAGCUGGGAUGGAUGGAUGGAUGGAUGGAUGGAUGGAUGGAUGGAUGGAUGGAUGGAUGGAUGGAUGGAUGGAUGGAUGGAUGGAUGGAUGGAUGGAUGGACAGAGCAACUCUGGGAAGGGGAACACCAACACCAAACACACCAAUGCCCCUCCUUCCCUCAUCCCUAGUAAAUCCGGAGCUCCUGGGAAUGCUCCAGCUGACGGAAGCUCCUUUGGGAGAGCCCCAAACCCCAAAUUUUGGGACUUUAGUGCCGUGUUCAGCACAUCCCCACUGCCCUUCCUGCUUUGCACUAUUCCCGUUAUCAGCAAUGGGGCUGCGCUGAUCAUACUGGCCAAGCUCAGCCCAGGCAAAAUCCUCCACUGAAUUUCCUUUUUUUAAUGCUAAUUUUAUUUUAUUUUAUUUGUUUUUUCCUAAGAUUCACACCACGAGGGUUGUCUUAAAAAAAAAAAAAAAAAAAAAAAGCAAAAAAAAAAACCAAACCCUUUCUGCUCCCAGCUUGGAGCUCUGAACUGGACAGAGCUGCUGGCUGCUCAGAAAUAGAAAUAUAUAUAAAUAUAUAAUGGGAUUUAUCUAUCCAGAGGUUUUAACGAGCUUAGUAAGCUGUUGGGGAGCCCCAUCCUUUGGGAUCCCUGUCCCCAAACCUGCUCCGGCACAAUUCCUUUCUUGCACUUUGAAAUUCCUUUGGAUUUUUCUCUUUUUCCCCCCACCCUGAGCUGGGUUGUUCCCCCUCCCUCAGCACCCCUGGAGGUGCCACCCAAAAUCCUCCUGGCACGGGGACACCCCUGGCACGGGGACACCCCUGGCACGGGGACACCCCUGGCACAGGGACCCCAGGUCCUCCCUGCCUCCCUCCUGAGGAGCCUCGGGCGUGGCAGCGACAGGGAAGGCAAACUUAGUCCCAAAUUGGGGCUAAAAUGCAGAAUUUUGGGGCUGUCCCCCAGCCUGUUUGGGUGUGGGGUGGCUGCGCCUGCCAUCCUGCAGAUCCUUGGGAUUUGGGAACAGCCAAAUCCCAGCUUUGGGCCAGCAGAGAAUGGGCAGGGGGCUCUGCCAGCUGGGCAUGGCCAGGAGUUGGGGUUUUCUUUAUUUUAUUUUAGUUGAGUUUAGUUUUUGCUUUUUAUCACAAAUCCCAAAUCCCUGCAGUGUUGCCCGUGGCCUCCAGCCCCAUCUGCAACCCCAAAGACCCCAAAGUUGUCCCCAAAUGUCCCAGUUGUUCCAAAAUCCAGCCCCAGGGGAUCUGGAAAGUGCGAGGAGCAGGGAGGGAGGGCAGGGAAGGGAAUUGAUCCCCCAGGACACCCAAAUUCCGAGCCAGGAUCGCCCCCAGUUUGGGGCUGGUGCCCAAAUCCCUGGACAAGCCCAGGACAGCCAAGGGGGCAGUGAGAGGCACUUAGGGGUGAAUCCAGAGGCUGGAAAUGCUGGAAUUGGCUCCUGUGGGAAUGUCUGGGGAGCCCAGGCUUUGGAAGAGGAAGGAAAUCCAGGAAUUUGGGUUUUUUUAGGCAGGAUCACAACCAGGGGAACUGGAUCCCUUUGGAUCUCUGGGAAUUCCCUCUGGAUCUCUGGGAGUUCCCAGAGCUGGAUCCCUCCGGCUCCCUGGAAUUCUGGGAUUUGGGGAUCAGAGACAGAAAGCACUUACACCUCUCCCUGUGCUCAACCUUCCAAAGGCUCCCAAACCCCAGGAAUUGUCACCUCUAGCCACCCCAAAUGUCCCUUGGGCAGAGCAGGGAGGGGGAGCUGGAAAAUUCCGGGUGAAUCCCUGUGGAAAAAUAAAAACCGGGAGUGCAGGGGAAGGAAAAGGAGAAAAAGGAAAAGCUAAAGAUGAUCCGUGUUUCAGUUGCACUGGGGUACGUUUCUUUACCCGUUUUGAUGCUCUCAUUUAGGAUCGUUGCAUGUGUCCUUUUGUGUUUUUUCUUUAUUUUAUUCAUUUUUAGUUGUUGGGUUUUUUUUAAUAUUAAAUGAAAGAGAAAAAAUGUGUAUAUUUUUGGCAAUUUAAGGUAAUGUAGCUAAGAUAUAUUUUUUUCACGCUGCUUGACUGGUCUUUAUGAUA